UGAAGAGUCAAGUCCAACGAGCGGUUCUUAAAACAUUUUCGGUAUAUUUUUUUGUUAUUGUAAACAACAAAAUAAAAGUCCUUUUUGUUUUAAUAGGGUAUUGUGUAAAAAAAAGAAAAGACAGCAACAAUUUUUUAUACUUUUGCAACAACCGGCGGUAAAGGCAUGACACAUUGUUGUUAUUUACAAAGAUAAUUUUUUGGAUUACAAUCAAAAUAUUUUGACAGUUUCAAUAAAACAAUAAAAAAGCAUGUAAUAACAAAACAGAAAAUAUAAAAGUAUAUGGUUUAAAAUUAAAACAAUAAACUAAUAUAAAAUUUUAUAAAUACUUAUAUACUUACAUAUGUAAAUGUGUAAAAAUAAAAUUAUGUUUGAAUAAAUAUAUGUGUUGUAGUGUCUACUUUAAAAAUUUUAUUAAAUAUUAUAUCAAAUAAGACUUUAAACUGCAGACAAAAAAAAAAAUUAAAAAUAUUAAAGCUGUCACUAGUGACAUAAUUUAAUUAAAUUUAAUUUAAUAUAAAUUGAAGUGAAAUAUUUAAAUAACAAAACAAAUAAAAUAGAACAGACUACAACAUAUACCCACAGAAUGACAUGUCCUAUCCACGGAAGUUUUCUAUUUACUUAAGACGAAAAUAGAGAAAUAACAACAAAAAUAUCUUAAAAAUUAAUUUUAUUCUUAUACAAAAAAAAAAAAAAGAAAAAUAAACCACCAUCAACAACAACAAACAACAAAUCAUAUCAACUAUAUUUAAAUACACACAUAAAAACAACUGUAAAAAACUGUAGUAAGGAAAAAUCCUGGAAAAAUGUUUUGGAUUUUACGACGCACUGGAGCAGCAAAUUUUUUCAAUUCAUUGAACAACAAUUGCAGUACAUCCAAAGGCCAUGGCUCUAAUACACAAACAACACAGGAUAAAUACGUUAAAAGACCACCACGAAAAGCGUACGGACGUCUCAGUGUCGAUUCAGAUGAUGCAUCCUCUGCCAAACAUAAAAUCGAUGAUCCUUUUGAUGAUAUUGAUAACUUUGCCAUGAUUUCAUCAGCUACUGCAAACGGCAAUAGCAACAAUUCCAAUAAAAUUACAACGGAACAACUGCACAACGGGUGUCAUCAACAUCAUCAUCAUCACAAUCACAUACAUACAAAUGAUGGAGACAGUGGUGGUGGUGAGGGUGGUGGCAAUGGAAGUAGUGGUAGUGGUCUUAGUGGAGAUGACAGUGGUUGUAGUGGGCUGAAUUGUUGUAAUGGUGAUUUAAAUAAUUCAUGUAUCGAUGAUGGUGGCCACUGCACAGCUGCCGAUUGUCAAGGAAAUUAUGCCGAUAGUAAUUUAUGUCAAUACAAUAUUUGCGGUGGCAGUAGUGGUGGAACAACAGCGACGACGAUGGUGACGAGUAAUGGUGCUUUAAAAGGAAAUUCCACUACAACCCAUCUGUAUUGCAACAAAGAGGUGAACGAAAAUACAAUAAACCGAUUACAAGCAAUGGCUAUGUCGGACGAUGAUGAUUAUGAUGAAUCUCUGACUUGUAAUGUGUGUGAUAGAGCAUUCCAUUGUCACAGGCAACUGGCAUCACAUCAACAAAAGAAACGACAUUUUGGAUGUGGCGGAUGUGAUAGUUUAUUCCCUUCGCUUAUGCUGUUAGAGCAUCAUAAAGAGGAAUUCGAACAUUGGAGUGAUGAUGAGAUUAAUCGACGUGUUUGUUGUCGUCGUAAUCGUGGUGAUGAUUAUUUUACGGAUACAGACUCAUUUACUAGCGAAGCGGAAAGUGAGGAUUUAGAGAGAUUACUUUAAGUAAAGCAAAAAACUCAAGAAAACUUUUUUUUUUGUUAUAUAGUAUGUGAAAAAACAUAUCCAUUUAAUGAUGUUUUUUCUGACUUCCUGUGAAAUAGUAUAAAUUGAAGAACAUGAUUUUAUAAAACCUAUUUUUGUAUAAGCUUAAAAAAUGUAAUAUGUAAAUGGUUUUGGGCUAUAGUUAUAUAUUAUUAAAUUUGAAUUGUUUUAUUUGUUAUAUUUAAAUAUGAAAUUUCAAAACAUAAUCUGGACCAUACAGUACGUAUUUAAUUACGGUUUAAAGUUUCCAUAAAAAUCAAUACUGUACAGAAAUUUUAAUAUUUAAAAUUUUUAUGAAGAAAUGCCCAAAAUUCAUUUACAUACACAAUUUCCAUUGUUUCCCAAGGCAGUGAAACACACACACACACAAAUCUCAAAAGGAGCAAAACUGUAACAGAAAACAAUCUGUUCAAUCAUAUCAAAAGCAACAAAAGAGAAACUAAAAGGAGAAAUAAAUAGAAUUUAUAACAAAAGCAUAUAAAAAGUAUAAAAUAAAAGAAAAUAGUAAAUGUAAAUUUAUAACUAAAAUAUACAAAAAAAAAAAAAAAAAAAAAAAAACAAAACAAAACUUUAAUAAAAUAAAUGCAUAUUUUGUAAAAAAGGGUAUUCACAAAAUGGUGUGAAUGACAACAUAUUUCGAGUGAUAAAUAUUUUUAAGUUAGAGUUAUUGUGAAUACCUUUUAACCAACAAGCUACCUUUUUACAAUAGGUGUAAAAAAUGUUUUAUUUUUUAUUUUCCAUUAUUGCUAGUUGUUAAUUAUGUAACAUUUUUUAAAGCUAUAUUCUUGAAAUAUAGUAAUUAACAAACAUAUCCAGGUGUACCAGCUAAUAGAGACAACAACUGCAGUUUUUAUUUCUCAAUAAAGUUUUUCUACAUUUGUCUUUAAGCGACUGCAAGAACCAGACCUUGUUUUCUUUAUAUUUUUUCUAAGUUUUUAUAAUAAAACUGAGUCCUUAAGAAUUAUUUUCCAUAACAAUCAUUAAAAUGUACUUUUUAGUAGUAUUUAGUGUACGUACUAUUUGGAUGUUAUAUAAAAAUAUAUUUAGUAAAUAUUAUAUAAAAUAAUAAACAAU